UUCAUCUCAGCAUAUCUCAAUCAUCAGGCAAUUACAUUCUUGUCCGCAUUAGGAAUUCCUGAUAAAGUAUUUAUUGAAUUAAAAGAUUUACAAGUUAGGGAAUUGGAUAAAAUGCUUGAAAAUGAACAUACGGCGUUGAAUAUUUUACAAAGGAAUGUCGAUGAAUAUGGAAUUUCAAUCUCACUUGCUGAACUUGUCAAAGCGGGAUUUUUAAGAAAUAAAGAUCGUUAUUUGAUGAAUUUGAUUUCAUUAUUUCGUACCAAGAUGUUAAGAGACAUUAAGAAAAAGGCAAAAAUUCGCGUUGAUAAAGGGGCAUUCUUAUUAGGCGUCUUGGAUGUUACCGAAACUUUACAAGAGAAUCAAAUUUAUUGUUGUGUAUCUGAUCCAUGUAACCCAUCCAGUAGAAAGAUAAUAACUGGAAGGUGUAUUGUAUUUCGAAAUCCUUGCUUUCACCCAGGAGAUAUACGUAUAGUUACAGCUGUAGAAUGUAAGGCUUUAAGUCAUUUAGUAGAUGUAGUAGUAUUUCCAGCAGUUGGAUAUCGUGAUAUUCCUAGCGGUGGUGAUUUGGAUGGUGAUGAUUUCACUGUAAUAUAUGAUGAACGUUUGAUUCCUCCCAAAAUGUGCGAGCCUAUGGAUUAUCAGCAGGCUCAAAUACCAAGAAUAGUUGACAUCGAGGAUAUAAAGAAAUUUUUCGCGAAUUAUAUCUUUUCUAACAAAAUUGAUAUGAUCGCGAAAAAUUAUUUAUCGAUAGCAGAUUCCUUCAAGGUUGGUGCAUUACACGGGCAAUGUAGACGUAUUGCCCAAAUAUAUUCUAAUGCCGUGAAUUUUCCGGACGCACCACCAGUAUUUCCAUCUGAACUUCGUGCUAUCGAUUUCCCAGAUUUUAUGGAAGAAUCUGGUGAAGAAUCCUAUAAAUCUCGAAAAGUUCUUGGUAUCUUAUAUCGUUCUAUUAAUGUAUCAGAAGAGUAUACCCCACAAACCAAUUUAAAUGUUGAUCAAAGAUUAUAUGAGGGGUUUUUAGAUUAUGUACGGAAGUUACUAAAACGAGAGUACGAUGCAAGCAUUUAUUAUUUUUCUGAAACAUUCCCUUGGAUUGCGAAUGAUAUUUUAUGUGACAUUGCCGAUAGAAAUGAAAGUAAUCGAAGAGCACUAAUGGAUUUAUUGGGACCUUGUGACACUAACUUGAAUAUUUUUUCAAACGGCAAUCAGAAUCAAAAUUAUAAUGAUGAUCAAGAUUUAAUUGAAUUAUGAUGAGCUGAUGGCCGGAGGGGUAUUAAUUUAGUUAUGUAUUUUGGGAAUUUUUUUUAUUUUUUAAAUAUUUUAGAUUUUUAAAAUAAAUUUUAUAAUUUUUCAAAAAAAUUUCU